AUGGAUUAUAGAAAUUACAGAAACACAGAAGCAAUUGCUAUAUUUGUUGUUGCAAUGGUUGGAAUAGGUUCUAGUCUCAUCGGAAGUCACUUUGUUCUGUAUCGAACUUUACUGAAGUGGAGAAAAUGUUUAGAAAAAUCUGUAACUCUCCCGAUGAACUAUCGUCUUCCUUUGUACACAGCACUUACCGACAUUUUUAUAUCAACGCUUCAUAUCGCAAAUUUUAUGUAUUUGAUAAUAAACCAUAGAGUAAUAAGAGAUCCUGCGUGCCAAAUUGUUGCUAUUGCUCAAGAUGUCAGUUAUGGAUAUAACAAGUUUCUUUAUAUGAUAAUAGCGAUAGCAACGUAUCUUGAAGUCGCUCGUAGAAUACCUGUAAAUUUUGGCCCAUAUGACUAUAGACUUUUUCUGAUGAUGAAUGUGUUAACGUUUCUAAAUGUUUUUCCAAAAGUCAUGCUUACAAACUAUGGACGACACAAUUAUUGGUGUUCAGAAGACAGUAUAUUUGUGGGCAUCCUUUCGGUAUCGAUCUCAGUUGGAAUUCCAAUAACGACCGCAAUAAUUUGUUUCAUGUGUAUUCGUUUCUCCUUAGCAAAAAGAAGCUUUGCUCGCCUUAAUAACGCUGAUUUAAUAGGAGAUCGCAUGGUGAAAACUGAAGAAGAGAUUAUCAUUAGAAAGAUUCCGAUGAUUGUAUUUACCAUUUGGGUAUGGUUUCAUCAAAAUCGUAAAACUCAAACAUGGAGCUAUGUCUUACUAAUGAUCGGAUUUAGCUGUGGCGGAAUUGGCAAUGCUAUAAACUUUGUUCUGAACGAACGACUAAAAACAACCGAAGUGAAAAUAUCAGAUCCUGAUUUUUCAUUAGAUAUCCUUCACGCCGCCCACACAUCCCCCAUCAAAAUUACUAUUGGUCAUCCUGCAAAUACUUCUAAUCUGCUGGAAUUUAAUCAAGAUAUAGCAGGAUUUCCUACGAAUUUACGAUGA